CCUUGACCAUGGUUUCAGCAGAAGUGGACAUUCCCUUUUCCGUGUUACUUAACAGAAACAGUUCAAUGAUUUGGUCAAAUACGGCAGUUUUGUAUUACUACGCAAGCAUGCAAUGCAUUCACGGAGCAUUGCCUUGCCGUGACGGAGAGGAGUGGACGACCCCAACAUCCUCCGCUCUGAAGUGACGGUGGGCAGGAAACAAAUGGAGACUGGUCCUUAUUAUUAGGUUCCUUCGGCCCACUGUGGGAUUGGAUGGGAUGGCAUUGCAAUGAUUGCACCUAUGCAGGAUACGUUACUGUUACCGUUACUCUACGAUACCUUUGGUAGAGCACAGCACCACCUCCUCGGACCAGAAUUGGUGACGGAAAGGUGUCGCUUUUUAUUUGCCUCGCCUUUCUGCUCCGACAGCGUGAAUUAAUGGCUCUCAGAAACGGAAUGGUCGAGAGAGUGGCAUGAUCUAUCGUUGUAUUAGGCCGGCCACAUUCCCACACAAGCUUGAAAACCAACAAGGUAUAACUCAUAUCCGUCAAGUUGAAACAUAGGGCAACUGAAGUUUGACGAGACGCGAUCAUCACGACUUGAAUUCCUCCAAACCUUCACACGAAACUCUCUAUCCUUAGCCACAGCACUGUCUCUUGUUGGCGUUCCUCUAUCACAAUCAAGAACAGUUACCAUUUUGCAUCCCUCGUCUCAGCUUUAUUAGCUGCCUUAGUACACUGGACUCGCUCACUCGCUCGUUCGACCACGUCACAACUGGGUCGCAUUACGGCCGCCGAUCAGUGUGAACUCUUCUCAAAAGAGUUUCGGCUUGUCCCGACGGCUCGGGGCCAUACCGCUUAACCCAAGAGCCUAUCCCGCACCGACCGUCUGUCUUGUCUGCUACCAACUUACCGGUCGCCUGGGAUUCUGGGUCUCCCUGCGCCGCCGACCCUCCCUUCCGUUCUUCUGGAAAUCCUCCUUGGCUGUUCUCUCAUCGUAUUGGCUAGCUGGGACCAUUCACUCGGUUAGUCCCCUCCACACAGUCCGGUUUGCUGGGUCUUUGUCGCUCUUGUCAUUCACUCUGUGCAACUUUUCGUUCAACCAGGCCCUAUCAAACAGGCUGGUUUGGUCAAUACCUGGUAUUGGCGUGCUUGCUUCUCUCGACUGUCCCUGUCACAUAUCAUUCUCCCAGUGUUAGCUUUCCCUGCCUUUGAACAGGCUUCCCCCUGCGACAUACGUACCCUACCAUCGGGACAAGGUCUGGGUAUCUGUCACCGGCAUAUGUAUGUAUGCUUGACCCACCGAGGCCUGUCCUAUCAUUCUGCCCUUCUUUUAGCUUGCUGCUACAAUACCUAUCUGCUGCUUUUCUGCGGAGUGCUCAUGUAUUCGCAUCAAAUUCUAUUCCCUUCCCAAUUAACUUAUCUCUUCUCGAGUACGAUCCUUCAAGGGGGACUUGAAGCAGAGGUUCCAUAGCGAUGGACCAUAGAGACCCCGAAGAGGACCCAACGUCAGACUAUGGAGAUUCAAUAGCAACCUCCGAAUUUACUUCAGUCAAUACCAGGGAACUUUACUCGUACGAACAUGGAAGGCGGUAUCAAGGCUUUCUCUGUGGUCGUUAUGGCCUACCAAACGACGAUGCUGAGCAGGUUCGCGAGGGCCUGAAACAUAAGCUGUACCUGGAUUAUCUCCUCGACGGAAAGCUAUUUCUGGCCCCCAUCGGGAACAACCCGCAAAAGAUUGUUGAUCUUGGUACAGGUGUUGGCAUGUGGGCGCAAGACGUCGCAGAAAACUUUCCCAGCGCACGAGUUAUAGGAUGUGAUCUUUCACCCAUCCAACCGCAUUGGACGCCGCCCAACGUUGAAUUUCGAGUAGAAGAUCUCGAGGAUGAAAAUCGUCCAUGGACAAGAAUAUAUGACGAUGCAGAUUUAAUUCAUGUCAGAGCCUUGUUACAGACCUUGCGAAAACCGAGACAGCUAUUAGAAAGAGCCUUUGAAAAGCUGAAACCAGGUGCUUGGAUUGAAAUCCAUGAAAUUGUUCCCUUUGUCUUCUCUGUUGACGGUACUGCCGGAGAUGAUCAUCCUAUGAACCAGUUCUACCGCCUUGUCGAGGGUCCCUUUACAACGAUAUAUGGUUGGAAUCUACGCUUUCCAUUCCAGAUCGUUGAAGCGCUGCGUGACGUUGGAUUCAUCAAUGUCAAUGAACGCCAUUCAUACACACCUGUUGGCCGAUGGCACCAGGAAGCAAAAAUGCGAGAAAUGGGAAUUUUCACUCAAAAUAUCCUCGAGGAAUGGGUCACGGCAAUGCUCGGCCGUCCGGACAUCAUGGGAGUCACAGAAGAAGAGGCAUAUGAGCUUGGGCACAGCGUAUUCGAAACCUUCAACAACACUCGCAUUCACGCACAACUCGACUGGAUUGAUUGCUGGGCGCAGAAGCCACCUUCAUAGGGCACUGAAGAAAUCUUUAGCAAAAUGGCCAUCCUGCAAAAUUUCUCCCAUGCGAACGGACAUUCGACAGAGACUAACUCAAAACUGUCAGCGUGCAUAAUGCUUUUGCCACCACUUGGAAUGUGUGACACCUCAAUACUCUGACUGCUAACCUACCUAUCUGGCCUUGGUGACUGGGAUGACAUGGAUGUAGGGUUACCUCGCAUGCUGCUCCAGAGUUGUAGAAAUGCAACACAAAGCAAACAAUGGCCCGCCAUAUAAGCUAAUCGUUCUGCCGUGGCUUAUGCUGGUUGUCUAAUUGGGAAACGGCGGCAUAAUAAACUGAAAUGCUUCACCAUAUCCUCGGGUCUGCUCCGUACAUAGUUUAGCACAGCUAUCGGCUUGACUUUGAGGUGAAGAUGGGACAGGCAAUGCCUCCACUCUUCUGCGGUGAUACUUCAGGCUGAACUUGACACAACAUCUAUACUAGUAAGUAAAACAUUAGCGGGCUUCUAUGAGUAAAAGCCAACGUCUGAAUAGGCUGGGUGCGCUUCCGAUCUGUGGUCCUCAGCCGUGCCCAGUAAGUUAUUUAGCUUAUAUAUCUUGAAUAGGACACUGCAUUCUCCAAGGAUUGGGUAGAAGUUGAUGUGAGAGCGUCUUAAGUCUGAUACAGAUGCCAGCAUGAACAAACUGCGCUUGUGAUUACGGUGCCUCUGUGGCCAUUCGUAUACUCUAGUUCGAGCUAGGAUUGUGAGCUGUAUGUGAGGCAGUUGCCAAGGAAAAGAAAGAAGAAAAGAAAAAUAGAAUACUAGAUACCGAUAUACUGUAUCAUGUUCAAAUACUAUCAUGCAAACAAACAUCCAAGAUAAAGCAUUCCACUUUGAAGGAGCAAAACAAAUAAACAAAAGAACAAUGGCGCUCGUAUAUCGUAUCACAUCACUGCUCAUAGUGUUCUAAUUCCCACCAAACAUGCGACCACCUGGAGGAUUACCAGUCGGAGGACGCCCCAUACCUCCCAUCCCAGGUGGCAUACCAGGCAUACCCCCGCCAAAGCCACCACUGAAGCUGCCAAACCCGCCCAUCGGGGUGAAACUUGAAGUGUCGUUGUAACCAGACAUCAUAUAAGUCCAGUCCAUCUCACCAGGCUCGUCGCUGGAGGCAACGGAGCCCGAGUUUGCCCGUUGGCCAUGGUGCACAGUUCCGGGCGUCAUGUGACCAACAGAGGGGGCAAACCCAGUGGAAGAGGGCGUCGUGACCUGAGAAUGCGGGACGCCGAUUGGAGGCUGGGGAGGAUUUGGAACAGGUCGAUUGGCUUGCUUUGCUCGCCGGCGAGCUGCUACACGCUCACGCAAAGGUCCCAAGAAAGCUGGUCUGUGAACCUGUCUGCCAGCAGCUAUCAAGGCAGCUUCAUGCGCAUCCCAGGCUUUGAUGAAAUGGCCACCAAAUGCCAUAUGCAUAGGGUUGUGGUAGUUGUUGAGAAGGCCACGGAGGUCAUGAUUCUUUUCGAUGGCAUCCCAUGCUCGCUCUACCAUUGGGCCAGAGACGCGGUGGCGUAGCUCCUGGACAAGAAACAUGUAGGCGGGAAAGGGAAAGUGGUGCAUAGAGUACCAUUUGAAGGGCCGGAGGGACUCGGAUGACUGGACGACAUUGUCGUAUUCGAUCAUUUGCGUGGCUUGUAGGAAGAGGCUGUCGCGCUCAACGUCUUUAAGAGGUAGAUUGUCAUCAUUGCUAUGCAUUCGAACAAGGAAGCUAAUGAUUCGCAUCUUGCACAUAGCUUGACGAGUCAUGGUAAGGGUAAAGAAGUGCAGGGGGAUCUUAGGGUCGCAUUGGCUCAGGUAUGUGCCUUCUAUGUGUGCACAGAAACCGUCGAGCGUAUAGGCAGGGCCGUCUUGACCAGCAAGGCGGAUGGUAGCUUGAUUCUUGGAAGCAGGUGUCCCAGCAGGACUCUUAUCUGUGUUGUUCAUUUUGUAGCUGUCGCGAUUACUAUCGCUUGAAACCGCCAUGGCGAGCUCGACUCUCGUAAGAGAAAAGAGCAUCUCGGUUGGUCCAGAGUGUGGUGUGGGUAACUCUUUACCGUCAACAUGUAAAUCCGAGUCGUUGACGUUCAUGGGAAUCUUGCAGUCGCCGCCGGUCGAGAGAGCAGUGACUGUUGAUCCUGCCAUCUCUCCUAGCCGUCGAUCGUAUCCCACAAGGGUCCACCACAGUCGGCGACGCUGCUCAACCUCAAAUGGCGGUAGCCCAAACUGCGCUGGAUCCCGGUGAAGUCCCAUCCGCUGGGCAAUGCGGACAGCUAAACCAAUGAGGCAGAAUACUUGACGA